UGAGACGGUCUAAUGUGCGACGAGCGAGCCAGGGUCAGAGUGACGGCGGCUCCUCCUACCAUGACGCUGCGGCCGGGGGCGGUGAUUGUGUGGCGGAUACACUGCUGCAGCGGGUCUGGGAGCUCCGUCCGUGGGUGUUAUAGUGGCAGCGGCAGCAGCGUUCUGUAUACAGGCUCAGAGAUAUUUGGAACUAUAAGAAAGGACUGCUAUUCCAUUGUCAAGUAAUGCUACUCGUACUUCCUGGUUGAAUGAUAACUUAGGAUAUGAGCGCCAACAGCAUACAGUUUGUGCAGUUCUAGUGCCCUUCCAUAUUGACGAUGGUAGAUGUUGGCAAAUGGCCAAUCUUUGCACUUUGCCCACAAGAGGAUCUCAAAUUUAUCAGACAAGCAUGUGUCUUUGGUUCUGGAAAUGAGGUUUUGUAUAUUACAAAAAAUGAUGAGGUUUUUGUGAUGGGCACAAACAGCAGUGGCUGUUUGGGGACUGGAGAUGCUCAAAGUUCGAUUGAACCAAGAUGUCUUAGUGUGCUCUCUGGGAAGAGGAUCGUCAGUCUAAGCUGUGGAAGUGGUCCUCAUGUUGUCAUAGUUACUUCUGAUGGAGAAGUAUAUAGCUGGGGUCAUAAUGCCUUCAGCCAGCUGGGCAAUGGGUCCACUAACCAAUCACUAACUCCAGGCCAAGUAUCCACUAACUUGGUAAACAAGAAGGUUGUGAAUGUGACGUGUGGCUCACAUCAUUCCAUGGUGUGUACGUCUGAUGGAGAGGUGUAUGCUUGGGGUUACAAUAAUUCUGGGCAAAUUGGUUCUGGUUCUACUGCUAAUCAGCCAAUUCCUAGAAGAGUAACGAGUUGUCUACAGAAUAAGGUUGUAGUCGGCAUUGCUUGUGGUCAGAUGAGCUCCAUGGCUAUAGUGGACAAUGGGGAGGUUUAUGCAUGGGGCUACAAUGGAAAUGGACAGCUGGGGCUGGGUAGCAGUGGUAAUCAGCCAACACCGUGCAGAAUAGCCGCUCUUCAAGGUAUUCGCGUGGAACAGAUUGUGUGUGGUUAUGCACAUACCCUGGCAUUGACAGAUGAAGGGGGGAUGUAUGCGUGGGGAGCCAACUCCUAUGGUCAGUUGGGUACAGGAAAUAAAAGUAACCAGUCUUACCCUGUUCAAGUCUGUGUGGAUAAAGAAAGAAUAGUAGAAAUUGCAGCUUGCCACUCAUCUCACACGUCUGCUGCAAAAUCUCAGAGUGGUCAGGUGUACAUGUGGGGACAGUGCCGGGGGCAGGCUGUCAUCGCCCCACACAUCACCCACUUUACCUGCACAGAUGACGUGUUUGCCUGCUUCUCCACACCUGCUAUAAUGUGGCGCCUCCUUUCUGUAGAGCCGGAUGAUCACCUGACAGUAGCGGAGUCCCUGAGGAAGGAAUUUGAUAAUCCUGAGACUGCAGACUUAAAGUUUUUAGUGGAUGAAAAACACAUUCACGUGCACAAAGUUCUUCUUCAAAUUAGGUGUGAGCAUUUUCGAUCGAUAUUGCAUGAGAGUAAUGAAGACAUCAUUGAAAUGAACCAGUUUUCCUAUGCAGUAUUUCAUGCUUUCCUGGAAUAUCUGUACACAGAUAAUAUCAGCAUUUCUCCGGAGGAUGCCAUUGGACUUUUGGAGCUAGCAACAAUGUAUAGAGAAAAUAGGCUGAAGCAGCUGUGCCAGCAGACCAUAAAACAAGGUAUCUGUGAAGAGAAUGCGGUCACACUACUGUCAGCUGCUGUUAAGUAUGAUGCUCAGACAAAUAUGAAAGCGUUAGACAUCGAUAUUGAUCGCAAUGAUGGUGCAGGGAUCCCAAACACCAGAAUCCCAAUCGAGCUCCGCCGGGACUCCUGCUUGGAUCUAGAAGACUUUUGCUUCAGAUUCUGCAUCAACCACAUGACUAUGGUCACCCAGACGGACGCCUUUGCUGACAUGGACAAUGAUCUUCUGAAGAACUUUAUCAAUAAGGCCAGCAAAGCCGGAGCCUUUAAGAACUGACUGGGCACUUGGAAGAUGGAUCUCAGCUUGUACCUUUCCAGCUAAACUUGAAUGACAAAGACUUGUGGUCUUUACUUUUUGGUCAGAUGAUGGUAUAAAUGUAAAAUUGGUUUGUCAUUAUAAUAAAUGUAUUAAUUUUAGAA